UCAGGAGGUGGCUCCGAUGCUCCAGCAGUUCAUCAGACCGUGGUGUACGUCCCUACGGAACAUCCGUGACAACGAGGAGAAAGACUCCGCCUUCAGAGGGAUCUGCAUGAUGAUUGGCGUAAACCCUGGGGGAGUGGUCCAGGACUUCAUCUUCUUCUGUGAUGCCGUGGCGUCCUGGGUCAGCCCUAAAGACGACCUGAGAGACAUGUUCUACAAGAUCCUCCAUGGUUUUAAGGACCAGGUAGGAGAGGAGAACUGGCAGCAGUUCUCAGAACAGUUUCCCCCCCAGCUGAAGGAGAGACUGUCUGCCUGCUACGCUGUGUAGAAACCCCC